CUGCAUAACUGCAUAAUUCUUCUUUUGACCUUCCUUACUGAAUUUCCUUCAUUCACCUCGUGUUCGAAUCUUUGUAAACCUCAUUCUCAAAACACUACACCAAAAAUGUUCCACCAAAAACUUCACACUGUUGGUGUAGAUGAAAUUUUUGUUUCAGACUAAGCUUGAAGGCAGCGUCUUUGACUUUUGCCACUUCAUAUUCCCUCAAUUUCGUCCGUAACGACCUGUUACAUGUAAACUGUUUUUUUUCCUUCUCCAAAACGUAGUCCAACUUUCCCAAUAUCAUCGAAUAAAUUUACUUAAAAGGGUUUCUACAUAUUGGUUCCUUGGUCUUUUUUCAACGUUAAAUCAUCAAAAUACCUGUAUUUCUUCAUAAUUGAGAGAAAUACCGGUUUACAGCGGGUUGUGGUGGUGAAAUUUUGUUGCCGCAGAAGCUGAACAACGGAAAAUAAGAAAACGAAAGAAGCAUCGGAAGGUCAGAAGACUCAGCGUGUACAAAAUGACCAGCGCAGAUGUCCGUGACGUCUUUGAGCUUCCUCUGACAGACGCUGCUCCAAAGAAGAAGCAGAAACACGUAGGUGAAAGGCGGCCUAAGGGUAUUUCUCGAGAGUUAUUCUCUUUGCUUGGCGAGAAUUCUGCUCCUCUAGUUAUAUAUCAAAAUAAGUUAAAGGAACGACCAAAAAUCAAUCAAAAGGCAAAACGAUGGGUCUGGCAACCAUUCACAAACAAUGCGAGAGACGAUGGUUUGGUCCUGCAUCAUUGGGUUCAGAAAUCUGAAACGCCACCAGAAGCAUAUCGUUUUGAAAAAUUCAACACACAUGCUGCUUUAGAAACAUAUUCAGAUGAUGAGUAUGAACGGUUAUUACGAGAUGAUGACUGGAGUCGAGAAGAAACCGAUUAUCUGAUGGAACUGUGUAAAGAAUAUGAUGUGCGUUUUUUCAUCAUAGCGGAUCGUUACAUUUUUAAGGGGAGGAAACGAAGACUUGAAGACAUAAAGGAUCGCCUCUGCAAAAUCCAAAGGGCUUUGUUGGUCGAUCGGCAUCCGUUAAACACAAUGACGGCCGCACAAAGUGCCCUUUACAAUAGCCUUGCUUAUGACAAGGACCAAGAAAUUGCUAGAAAAGAAUACCUCGAACGAUUAAUGGCGCGGACGCCCGAGGAGAUUGCCGAAGAGGAAGCCCUGUUUAUUGAGUUAAAACGUAUCCAAGCUACACAAGAAAAGAUGAUUCGUGACAGAGAAGACAUUCUCCGCCUCUUAAGUGAACAGAAACCCACCUCAAAUGCACAAGAAUACCUUACAAGCAGUGGUCUUUCAGGACUUGUGCAAGAUAUGGCGGCUACAGAAAAGGCUCGGAAGCGCGUUGAAAAUCCAAAGUUCACAUCUGGUGUCGAUAUGUACAGUAGCAGGGUAAGCGCGCCAGUUCGCAAUAUGAAUGGGCGUUCCCUCCGACGUGGACCUAUGCCCGAUGACGCUAUAUACGGUGUUUCAUGGCAUGAAAAGCUACAAACAGGUGCGUUUGUCCGGUCUCAGAGACUCCCGACAAUAAAGGCUUCUUUGACCCAACGAGUUUAUGGUAUACUUGCUGAACUCGGGAUCCCCAUGCGGUUGGUUAUGCCUACCGAACGCACAUGCACGAAGUUUACUCAACUACAAAACGAUAUUGUCACGCUGCUUGAAUUAAAACGGCAAGUAGAUCGUCUUGGAGCAGAGCAUGACAUUCAAGAAAAACUUAAUCAUGGAGGGGCUUAAAAAUGUAAUGUAGGUAGUAAUGACAACAAAUCUAAUAGAAGCGGUGUUAAGGUUUUUAUAAUUUCUUAGUAAG